CGAAAGUGCACAACUUUUAGAAUAAAACAAUAAAUUGUACCCUUCUUAACCCUUGCAUGAUUUUAUUAGAUUAUGGCCAAGGUCAUUUACUUCGAUCGAUGGAUUGAAACAGGGAUAAUUAAUUACAACAACCACAUGCGAUCAAAAUUUUGUUAACCAAUCACGUUGCAGCAAUGUUGGGUUUAUUUAUUUAUCUUUCAUCAUUUGUAUUUUGUUGUUGUUCCCAUUACAAAAUGUCAAUAUAAUGUUUAAAAUGUUGAAAAAAUGCAUAGCUUCCUAAUAUUUAUUCUAAUAAUAUUAAUCAUUUAUUGUACAACGUCAUGGAUUUUACCUAAAGUCAUAGCCUGUUUAAUUGAACGUAAAUUUAGAGUUGUGGUUCGCAUUGGACGAAUUGGAAUUCCCUACCUGAAGUUGUACGAUGUCCACAUUGCCAAGAAAGGAUUCGCUAUUCACGUCGACGAAAUCAGUAUCAAAAGCAGCUUCCUGAACUCCGACCUUACCAAACUAGUCACAUUAGUCGUGAAAGAUGUUCGAAUUAACAAAGAUAUUAUUGAGUUCGAGCCAAACGAAGUUGCCGAUGAUAUUCAACCGGUUGACUUUCGUGACAAGAAAGUACCCCCAUUUAUUAACACAUUUGCGCAGUUCAUGGCAGUGCACGUUUAUAAUGUCUCAAUUAUGUUGCUCCAUUCCGAGUCUCCGGGCUGGUUAGUACACGCUAACGCAAACGAACUACACCUAGAUGGUAGCAUUGUACAAAAUGCUCGUACUUUAAUUGUUAAUGUUACACUAACCGAAGCGUGCGCUAAAUUAUUGCGACACCCAGAGAAGCAGGCGAACGAGGAAACCUGUUUGGGUCAAUUAAGUUUCGCAAUCACAAUGGAAGCUACCUUGGUAGCGAAAGGACCAUUGUCGGUUGAAAAACUAUGCGUAAGCACCACCCAAAUAGCCGCUACUAUCAACGAUAGCUUUUACAGCUUAGGUCAGGAAACCAAACGAAAUACUCGUCGUGCAAGUAACAGCUAUGAGGACAAUUACUAUCGGAUUCUCCCAAUUAUACCAAAGAAUUUCAUUUAUAAAAUGGAGGAUAUUUCGAUAAGGGGCGUGCGUAAAAAUAGCAGGACAGAGUUUAUUUCGUCAUUAAAGAUGUUCAGUGUUAAUAGUCGCAUAAUGACUGCUAAUUCGGCUACAAGUACGGAGCAGUCCAUUUCGCACAUGCACUACUCGUUUCAAAUGAGUGACUUACACCUUUAUAAUAAUAAAGAAAAGCUGUUGUUGUUAAAGUUAUUGAAAUUGGAUGCGAAGCUAGAGAAGAAUGUGGUCAAUUUGUGUUUAAAACUAAAUACUCUUCUCCUGACAUACAACCACGAAGCAAUAUACCAUUGGAUAGAAACAAACUUCCGCAAACAUAAUCCAAAGAACCCUCUCCCAAAUAGAGAGGUGUCAAAUCGUGCAAACGCACGUAACAGUAAUUUAUUCCAAAAAUUAGCGAAACGACUAAUUAUUAACGGUUGCGCGGAGUUCUGCCAAGUAUCCGCCAUCGUUAAUUUAUACGGUAGUAGAUCAUACGUCGGCUUUAACCACAUCAAGUUAAUCUUGGAGCAGGCUGCCGAGACUCGAGAUGUCAGCUACUCGUCCUAUUUUCCAAAUUUAGUAUUAGCCAAUCGUCACUGGCAAAUAGAGGUAUUAAUGGAGUCGUUGUGGUGGAGUUUUAAAGAGUGGAAGAAGGAUCAGGCGAGCUCGAAGAAAGUGCACAGGUGGGGCACUCCGAUUUAUUUAGGUAUGACGUUGCUCAAGUUUGGAACCUACGGCGCUGCCGAAACGAAGAUUGAGACGCUACUAGACGCGCUACAGUUGGAAUGGAGCCUUAACUUGGCCACAUAUGUUCUGCUUGCAUUUAAGUGUUUAAGCCAGUAUAAUGUGCAAAUUAGACAGGCGGCAACCCCAAAACGUACCAGCACAAAUCAUUCUAUAUCGGUCAAUUUGGCAUUGACUCACUUUAAUGUGUUUCUGCAAACUCACACCGGAGAAUAUGUGGUGUCGCGACUGAAUUCCGUGACCGUGGAAAGAAACAGUCACGCGGCCACCGUCCACUUUAAGGGAUUUAAGGUUGCGGUGGUAACAGACGAAAACGGCGCGUACGGAUGUGUCCGAACCGAAGAUAUGCCCAACCACAAGUUGUUCAUUCGUACAGUCGAGGUCGAGUACAACAACGAAACGGCCGAACUAACCGUACUGUUUCUCGAGGAGAUCAUCAGCCAUUGGUCGACGAAUUUCCACCUCAAAAUUUUAACGCUUCAAAGGGGAAUCGUCGAGUUUAUCGCUAACGUUAGGGAGCAUCACUGCUUGAGCAACGAAAAGAGCAAGGUCGCUGUACCUGUAUGGGAUGUUAAAAUAUGCGGCGUUUUUGAGUUCCACAUUUGGAUUUCUCAAAACCAUUCCGCUAGAAUUUCUUUGGAUAACAUCGAGGUAUCGUGUAGGAAAAACGUGACGUGGCUCUCCGAUAGCGCGAUCUUAAUUUCCAUAGACGACGCCGACAUCUUCACGAUUCAGGGUCUGCGGGUCGCGCGGAUCGAAGACAACCCGAUGAUUAGGGCCGAGCGUUUGGAUAACGAAAAUUUCCGAUUGCCUUGGAAUAAGACGUGGGAAUUAUCGAUCGGGAUGUUCAAGGCGAUCUUCCCGCACGAGCACAGCUACGCCGAUGCGAUCCAGAAUGAUUUCAUUUCGAUUUGGAAGUGGUUGAAGAUAACGCACAAUUUGAAAAGGAAGUCUUUUACAAUCGACAGUCCCUUACCGAGCGAUUUGCUGAUUAACGUGAAAGAGUUUCUGUUCGAGAUGAGCGACGAUCCUUUCGAGGUGAAGCUGAGAGAUAACUUUGAGUUACUGGAAGAUGAGUACAGCGAAAGUUUUAAGCGACAGAAGAUGCUCAAGGCGAAGAUUGCCGAGCUAUGCAAGACGCAUAUGCAUUUACCCGCGGGUAAGGUCGAGGAACUGUACGCGAAUCUUACGAAGAAGAACGCCGAAAUCUACGUGCAACGGUCGAAGCAGAUGAUGCACACUGCGCCGUCCCGCACCCGCUUGUUCGCGUGGAGUAUGACCGACGUUGAAAUUAUGGUUCUGGCGGAUCUCUCGAUGCACGGAACGGAUAAUGUUAUCAAAAUUAUUCGCGAAAUUGAUUUCGAUAGUCCCUGGCCGGAGGAGCCGAUGGAAUUCUCCACUUUAUGGUGUCGAGUUGUGUCGUUGAGGUGUGCCGAAUGGAAAUUCCAGCUGCGAGAUUUCCGCCAGCCUUUAUUGGACAUUAGGCAAUUUUACGUGUGUGGACAAUUAGCCGGCGCGGAACAGAUGGCGCCACGUCGUGCGACACGCGAUGUGCCGAUUGACUUGGGAGAACCGUGGGGAUCAGUGACAGUCCAACGAAGCAUGUUACCGUUAAAAUUCUAUCACGACUUCAAUUGCGAGAUACAAUCGUAUAGUUACGCCUUCGGUCCGUGCUGGGAGCCCGUUAUCGCUCAGUGCAACUUAACGUUCGAGAAAAUUAUUCCGCCUUCCCGCGAUCCGUCGCCCCCCUUACCAUUUUGGGAUAAAAUGAGACUGUUGCUGCACGGUCGGUUGACGAUGGUAGUGCAACAGCUGACCGUUUUGCUGCACGCCUCUUUAGAUCCGUACAACACAACUGAAGAAAUGGAACUGACUUGGAACCAAGUAAUAAUGGAUUGGACUAACGCAAAGUUCGUUUACAAAGGCGAUCUAAAUAUCUUCGUGAGGACCGCUUCAAAGUACGAUGACUGCAAACUGCUCCACCUACCCAACUUAAAAUUGAUCGUCAACAUUCAGUGGGCUAGUUUAGGCGACCCCAACGACCACCAUAGCGUUAUACAGUGCGCUCCGGAUAAAAUUCCAGAGUACUCCAGCAAUCAGGAGCACGAUUCGUUCAGAGCAUUUCGUUCGCAAAACAUACACCUGGGUGUUGUGCUCGAAACGAAACCGAUCGCGAAUCAAUCUCCGACGGGAAACAUCGAUUAUCCGAUGCUCUCCCUUUACAGCAGCACCUUACGUUGGAUCGAGAGUUUGAAGUUGAUUUUAUCCGGCAUCACUAGACCGACGAAACGUGGCACAAUUUUUAAUAACGUACGACCGCGGAAAAUACAGCUGAGUCGCCACUAUAAGAAAAUUCACUUGCUCAUGGGCUUGCACAAGUUCCAAGUCUGCUAUUGGAUGUCUUUCGCUAUGCAGCGCGGUUUUGAGCUGUUAGGGGGCCGCCUUUCGUCCAGCUCGGAGCACUCGCUGGCCUUGGUGCCGGUAGAUGAUGGUUUGAAGCAUCGUCCGAAGACCGAGUGGUCGAUUGUGUACAUGAAUAGCGAGCUGAACGAUACGGAAAUUUGGUUGAAAAGCGCUCUGCAAGAGGACCCAGAAAAAGAGGCGAUUUCGCUCAGGCAACCCGUGGAGAAGUGUUUCUGUCUGUCGGUAGCGAAAGUGUCAUAUGGGAGAGAGACCGUUCUGCUCUCUCGCGAGCAUCCAACUGCCGAACGAAAUAAGGAUACGCCGACUCAUCGGCUGGUCGUGUACGACUUAAAGGGCGCAUGGACGAAGAGUAACCGAAACGUUGCCUUCGCUCUGUUUGACUCAUUCAUGCGAAAUCAAAGGAUGAAGAAAAAUUUAUCAACAGCAGCGCUGAAAGGUUUCCGAAAGGAGAGUAGCUCGACUCCUUUGAAGAGGCGAAACGCGGAGGCGUCGGCGACUUCCCCCACCUCCACAAUUCAGACGUUGCAGACGUCCACAAUUCAAGGCGCUCCGUCGCCGCUUACCAAAACGCAAACCGGUCACGCCGCGAACAUGCUGAAGCAACUUAUCGCGGAGGCCGAUAAUAAGGCCGUCGUUUUUAGCGAUGACCUUUCGUCGGCGACCAGACAGCAACAUUUGCAGGGUCUCCAAGCUUGUCAAGAUGACGAUGUUGUUCAUAAAAAUUGGUUAAUUGCUCUAGUCAAUGCGCAAGUAUUAUUGAAAGGCUGUGAAACGAAGGGUUACGUAAUAUUAAGUUCGGCCAAAGCCGAAAUUCUCCAAAAGAUUCAUCGACCUGUAUGGAAAGACCGCGCCUUGGUUUCGAAAACGACGUGGGUCGGCUCGCUGGAAUGCCUGCAGUAUUAUGCCACAGUAAACGCGGGCGAAAACGAUUCGCUAAACGAAAACAUAAUGUGGUUAACCGUCGACAAUAUACAAGAGAAGGAGUCGACUGUGAUAUCGGAGAUUCCUCAAGUUCCGAAUAUAGUGGGGAGCGGUGUUUCGGUGGGGGCAGUCGUUAGCGACGUCGUUGGUGCUAGUAGUAAUGAGGAGAACUGGCCAAUACAGUUGCAGCGGAUUGUUUCCAGGUGCAAGUGCGAGUUUUUUUACGCGUCGUACGGCGACAUCAGUGUGGAUCCGGAGGAGGUGGGCGAGGUACCCGCUCCACUUCAAGAGGACGUCGGGUUAUGGGAUCGUCGACAAACCGCAGUCGAUGCGUUUACAUUGAUGCAUCACGAUUUGGACGUCUGCACAAACUCGCUACAGUAUGCCAUGCUAUUGGAUAUCGUUAAUAACUUGCUGUUAUAUGUCGAACCUCAUCGGAAGGAAGCCUUGGAGCGUUUAGCUCGAAUGAGGUUCCAAUUGCAGUUGCACAGCGUCGAAGACCAAAGACGGCCGAUUCAAAUAUUACAAAAUCAAAUACGAUCGACGGUCAGCAAGUUACGGCGAUUAGAACGAGAAACCUACUUGCUUAACAAGGCAGUCGCUGAAGAGCCGAAUAAUCUGGAGUUGUUGCACGAAAUGGAAAAUCUGGAAGAAUUAGUGUAUAAUUGCAAGGGACAACUCAACGCGCAAAGCGAGGAGUUGGAUAUGAUGAUCUCGUGCUAUAAGGAGGCUCAGUUGUUAGCAAACAGUCGCCUGGCGACUACCCGCAACGAUAAACCGUUAACCAUUGUUCGAGCGAACGAGAUCUGCUUCAAGCACGCCCAGUGGAGGCUUACAGAGGCUGACGGGCAAAUUGGUAUCGCCGAUUUGGUACUAAGUAACUUUUUGUACACCAAGAACUCGAAAAGUGACGAUUCCGUCGAGCAUCUACUCGAAUUGGGAUAUCUCCGCAUGACCAAUUUGCUUCCCAAUCAAAUUUACAAGGAGGUAUUAGUUCCUACUGAAAUUCAGAGCAACAUGCCCGUCGAACACAAAAGGGUCGUGCGAGUUUUUUGCAGAGAAAAGCCGCCUGUUGGAGGUAUAGCCGUCAAGGAGCACUUUGAGAUUAACGUCGUUCCUUUAACCAUCGGGUUGACUAAGAAAUUUUACAAUACGAUGUUGAAGUUUUGCUUUCCGGAAAAGGAUCCUGAUAAUAUCGACGGCGAAAGAGGCGAGGAGCUCGACAACGAGUCUAGAAGUAAAAGAAUCCGUUCGUCCGGGCGUAGCAAGCGAGAUUCCAACUUUUAUAUUCCAAUUGAUGAUGUCGAAAAAAUGAAGGAAAGGGCAGAAAAGAACAAAUUGUUUAUCUACAUUAAAAUUCCGGAAGUGCCAGUACGAGUAAGCUACAAAGGAAACAAGGAGAAAAACCUCGAGGAUAUACGCGAUUUCUCAUUGGUAAUACCCACACUGGAAUACCAUAACGUCACGUGGACGUGGCUAGACCUGCUACUGGCCAUGAAAUCGGAUACGCGUCGAGUCAUCCUAUCUCAGGCGAUAAAGCAGAAGUUGCAGAUUAAACGAAGUACGGGAUUAUCAGACGAGAGCUCAUCGCCACAAGAGGAGGAUAAGGCUAGACUACUGUUCGGAGCUUGCCAUAGCGUCGACAAUAGAAAUCCAAAGAAGAGUAUGAGCAGCGUCUUCAAGUUCGGCAAAUGACAGAGAUGGUGGAGCACGGACUGUUGAGUGUGAUAAUAAACAAAAUGGAAGAUCGAUUAACUAUUUUUUUAUUAAUAUUAUUUCAUGUAAAUAUCAAAUAAUAAAGGCUACGUUGUAAACGGCCAA